UUCCUUGUAUCUAUUAUUGAAAUAAUUCAUGUUCAGUUUCACACAAACUAAAAAGGACAAUAGAAUGCGCUUGAUAUCUCGAUAUGUUUACUAGUAAAAAUAUGUAUAGUUAAUUUAUCUAUUUGUAGCACAUUGAAAUAGGGCCAACAUGGCGGCCAUGCGACGACACUGGAUGUUGCUGAUGGCGACAGCGGCCCUCGCGUUCUUUCUUGUCAUGUUGUCUUCUACGUCGCUCUCCUCGCACGCUGCCGUCACGGUGCUAGGGGGGCAGAGUGACACGCAAGACGAGAUAGCAUGGCGCAUGCGUGGCCCCCUCAUGGCCGACGACCCGCGCCUCAUAGAAUACAUCAAGCAUCACCUGCUCCUACCGCCCUCACGCCUGCCCUACAACCUAACCAUCGCCUCCAGUCGCCGAAAUGUCUACCUCUCCGCCAUCUUCAUCGCCAGCAUCGCCAGACAGUUGUUCAGGGGGAAGAAGGGGUUCUUCGUGGAGGCGGGGGCGCUGGACGGAGAGUACAUGUCGCACACGCUCAACCUGGAGCUUCAGCUGGGCUGGCAGGGGCUGCUCGUCGAGCCUGACCGAAACAACUUCAGCAAACUCAGAUCAAAACAAAGGAAGGCUUGGACGAGCGCCGUCUGCCUCUCCGUCACCCCAUACGCUGAGGAGAUGCUCCUCUGGCGCGCCGUGGAGGGUCAUGGAACCCCAAGCCUCAUACAGGGCACUGGCAGGCUCUUUUCGAGAUAUGAGCUAGCCACGGAGUCCGAGCUUUACAACACUGUACUCUCAUCGGCGCAGUGCGUGCCAGUUUCUUCACUACUUCUGGCAUUAAACAUCACUCACGUCGAUUUCUUCGUCCUAGAUGUGGAGCAAGUCGAAGAGAAAAUAUUAUUCUACUUUCCGUUUGAGAAAAUAAGCGUGGAUGUUUGGGCUGUAGAACACGUGACUGGCUACGAAGACCAGAGUUUCAUUCGUUUCAUGAUCAGCAAAGGUUACUACUAUUUCGACGCGCUGUGUGCCGAGGUGCCAGACUUUAUUUUCGUCCGAAAGGGGAGUGAAAUUUUUGAGUCUUUGCAAGUGCCAAUGGAGCCAACGAACAGAUCAGCCAUCUGCCACUUCAAGAAGGUCAGAACAAGAACCAACUACUCUCUCGCAGUCGAAGACUUGCGUGACUUGCAUCACUAUCCUCAGUUGAUUUAUAGAGAUGUUCCUGAGGUCAAUCCCGUGCCGUUGGUUGGAGAUUACUUCUUAUCAUGGAGUCCAAAAGCUGAAAAUUCGAGUACAAUGACAAAAUAUGUCGUACUGCAAUAACCCGAAGCCCAUGUUGAUCAGGGCUGAUUACUCGCACUAUUUUAUACCUCGUCAAAUGUGAUUAUUAGAAUUGACAUAAAAAUCCACGAUUGCGGCUUCAGGCACUCAUUAUGAAUUGUAUAUAUGAGAAUUUACAGUUUACUUUACCUGCCACCAUAUCAUCAAUUACCUUAAAGAAAAUUCAAGUUAAGUUCAUAGUUCAUCUGUAACAACUAUGCCGAGCCUUCACAUAAUACUGAAGAAUAUAAUCAAAAGGCAAUGGACCUCCUAUCAAUAAACUGAUGAUGUGAGCAAUGAUACAAAAAUAAUACUAUAAGAAGUCCUUUCUCCUCUCGCAAGAUCCAAGCCUAAGGACAGCAGUAUUGGAUAAGCACACUUCUGACGUCUUGUGUUAAGGGCAUUAGCAGUGGAUAAGUACACCUCUGACGUCUUAUGUUAAGGGUAUUAGCAGUGGAUAAGUACACCUCUGACGUCUUGUGUUAAGGGCAUUAGCAGUGUAUAAGUAAACCUCUGACGUCUUAUGUUAAGGGCAUUAGCAGUGGAUAAGUUACACCUCUGACGUCUUGUGUUAAGGGCAUUAGCAGUGGAUAAGUACAUUUCUAACGUCUUGUGCUAUGGGCAUUAGCAGUUGAUAAGUACACAUCUAACGUCUUGUGUUAAGGGCAUUAACAGUGUAUAAGCACACCUCUAACGUCUCAUGCUAGGGGCAUUAGCAGUGGAUAAGUACACCUCUGACGUCUUGUGUUAAGGGCAUUAGCAGUGUAUAAGUAAACCUCUGACGUCUUAUGUUAAGGGCAUUAGCAGUGGAUAAGUUACACCUCUGACGUCUUGUGUUAAGGGCAUUAGCAGUGGAUAAGUACAUUUCUAACGUCUUGUGCUAAGGGCAUUAGUAGAGGAUAAGUACACCUCUAACGUCUUAUGUUUAGGGCAUUAGCAGUGUAUAAGUACACUUCUAUAACGUCUUGUGUUAGGGGCGGUAGCAAUUGAUAAGCAAGAGACGUCGGCAACCCGCACCAAGGAGAGACUAUGUAGAAAAAUUCACGUUAACCUGCUACCGUGAUAACUUUACAUAGUAAAUAAGACGAAGUCAAUACCCGAGAUCUGCGCUGUGGCGUAAACGAACUGUGUCCAUAGAACUACUCUCAAGAUAAUAGCAUCGAUAUCAGUUUCAAAAAUAAAUUAAAAUUUUACCCGAAACCUAA